AUGGUUGCCGUGGAGCGACGAGGAAGUACUGUGCGUCGGCUGUUCAGGGUUAGUGGCCAGAUAACGCGACCCUGCGAGGGCGCCUCGCCAGAUAAUCUGAGCCUAAUACGAUUGGCAGAGGAAUACUUAAUUCAGAGGAUCGCCUCGUUUUCCGCAGUGUGCCAGCAGGAGCCGUCGCUGAAGCAUCGUGAAGACAUGGCCUGGGGAAGAGGCAUGAUCUACCAGCUAGCAGUAGCGGCUGUUUGCGUGGUGCUGCUGCAAAGCGCGAUGGCUGCUUCUCUGCAACGGCAGCCGUGGACCCUGGAAGAAAUAACAUCCAGCGAAUCUCCAUCACAAUCAAUGAAGAUCGAUUGGGCAAGAGGUCCAGUGGUCCUUGUCGAACACGAAGACCAGCUAUUUUCUAUGGAUUUCGAAGCGGAUACGAAUAAAGUGUUGGUGCCUAAGGAGGCAAGUAUUAGAAGAGACGUUCCUCGGAAAAAGGAAGGCUGUGUAAUGUGA